GAAAAUUUAAUUUUCCACAGUGAUUGAGCGCACAUAUUCGCAAACUGUUGAAACAGGAUGGCGUUUUCUCUAAAUCUUAAGCGUGUUUUGAUCAGUGACAGUGUGGAUAACUGUUGUAAAACCAUUCUGGAAGCGAAUGGAAUCGCCGUGGAUCUUAAGACGAAGCUCACCAAAGAAGAACUUCUUGCAGCAAUUCCUAACUAUGACGGUCUGAUUGUCCGAUCCGCAACAAAAGUAACGGCUGAAGUGAUCAGAGCUGGAAAAAAUCUUAAAAUUAUAGGUCGCGCUGGAACAGGCGUUGACAACAUCGACAUCCCGGCUGCCUCUCUUCAAGGAAUUAUUGUCAUGAACACACCAGGAGGCAAUACAAUUAGUGCCGCUGAACAGACUUGUGUACUUAUCAGCACCCUUGCAAGACAUACAGCUCAGGCAGAUGCCUCCAUGAAAGCAGGAAAAUGGGACAGGAAGAAGUACAUGGGAAGUGAACUACUUGGCAAGACAUUAGCAAUUGUAGGAUUAGGAAGGAUUGGAAGAGAAGUUGCUCAUCGCAUGCAAUCCUAUGGUGUGACGACCAUUGGAUAUGAUCCAAUUGUUCCUGCAGAAGAGUCUGCAAAAUAUAACAUUGAAUGGAUGGAACUGGACCAGCUGUGGCCAAAAGCAGAUUACAUUACUGUGCAUACACCUCUUAUACCACAGACAAAGGGCCUUUUAGGGGAUAAGACUUUCCCACUCUGUAAAAAAGGUGUGUAUGUGGUCAACUGUGCUCGUGGUGGUAUCAUUGAUGAGGCUUCUCUGCUGAGGAAUUUGGAAUCAGGGCAGUGUGGUGGAGCAGGUCUGGAUGUGUUUGAAACUGAACCUCCCACUGGAGUAUCUGCCCAGCUGGCCCAACAUCCUAAAGUCAUAGCUUGUCCUCACCUUGGUGCCAGCACAGUGGAGGCACAAACUAGAGUUGCCAAGGAGAUCGCUGAGCAGUUUGUUGAUGCUGUACAAGGGAAGUCCCUCUUUGGUGUGGUCAAUGCCACAUUCUUAGCAGAUGCCCUCAAGCCUCAGGCCCAGCCUUGGUUGAGCUUGGGAGAAAAACUGGGUAAGGUGGCAGCAUGCCUCUCUCAGGGAAAAGUUGCCAAGGCAACAGUAACAACUUAUGGUGCUGAUAUGAAACCUGCUGGACGUUACAUCACAGCUGCCGUGUCAGCAGGAAUUAUGGGAAGUGAGGCUAAUUUAGUGAAUUCUUCUGUAAUGGCCAAAGAGAAGGGAUGUCAGGUAUCAUCCACCCAUAUGGAUACAGUAGGUCUCCCAUAUCCUGCUGCAGUGUCCAUCACAUUCAACUGUGAUGGCAAAGAUACUACUUUAACUGGAACAGUGGUGGGUCUUGAUGUACCAGUGCUUGUUAAGUUUGACAGCCUGGUGUUCUCUGGUGCAGUGCCACUCUCUGGAAAUUUGUCCUUCGUUAAGGGAAGUCCUGGGAAGGUUUUAGCUGACCUUGUGCCAAAAUUUGGAGAGAAUGGUUCUAUCAACUAUGUCCAUGUGGCUGGAGGGGGUGCAGAGAGUAUUGUUGUUGUCAGUACUUCCUCACAAAUCUCAGCUGGUUACCCCUGCAUUGCUCUGUGAACUGAGUGUUUGGUCUCUAGUGUGAAUGACCUCUCCUAGUGUUUGUUAAGUCAAAUUAGAUUCAACAAUAAUUCGUAUAGUUUUGCAACCAAACUGCAAAUGUAGUUGCCUUGUUGUGUAAGAUCUAGUUCAGACUUGCAUCUGCUCUUGUUGGCAAUUCAGAACAUGAAAAGUGAGACAUCUAAUCAGUUUAAGAAUAACAAUUUCAGUUUGUAAUGGCUCUGCCACUUUUUCAGAUGGGAGGGGAUUUUGACUCUAGAAGGACUUUGAUUCAAAUACUGAACUGAGCUCACCAUAUGCCAAACUUAAUGCAUAAGUUAUGAUAAAUGUUUGGUGAAACUGUUGGUAAUAUAUGAUUGCCUGAAUCAAGAGGCAUUCUUAUGGGUCAGUUCAGAGUAGAAUGGAGUGGAGCUCAUGAAAACUUUAGUGUCUGGAAUGGACCUAAGUUACGGCGUUGUUAAUGAUUAGAAAUGAAAAA